AAAGUUGGACUUGUAAAAACAAAUCCCAAACGCGAUCUCAGAUUUCUCCUCCAUUUCUUCUCUAAUCUCACCACUCCACUCUCUUUCCAUCUCUCUCUCUCUCUCAAACACACACACGCUUCUCCGGCGAUCACCACCGCAAUCACUCACUCUGCGCCACCGCAAACACAUAGAAUCAACGAUUUUAACUGACUCCACUCAACAAGUCUCUCAAAUCCAGUCCAGAUCUACUUUCUCUCCGGCGGAAUGGCUUCGCCGGAGGCCGAAUCUCGCCUCACUCAAACCCUAACUCCGGCGCUCGAGAAAAUCAUCAAGAACGGAUCCUGGAGAAAACACUCGAAGCUCGUUCAUCAAUGUAAAUCUCUUCUCGAACGCCUCGCUUCUGAAUCUCCUUUCUCUCCUCACUCGCCUGAUAGCCCAUCGGCGGAGGGUGACACGUCAGCCACUCUCCCUGGCGUUUUGUAUGAUACUGGUACUAGUGAAUUCUCGCUUGCUGAUUCCGAAAUUAUUCUUACGCCGUUGAUUAAUGCGCUUAUCUCGGGGAAUGUGAAGAUCGCCGAGCCUGCGUUGGAUUGUAUUCAGAAGCUGAUUGCCCAUGGAAUUUUACGAGGAGAGGCGGAUACGAGUGGGGGUCCGGAAGCGAGUUUGUUGGCCAAGUUGAUUGAUUCGGUAUGUAAGUGUCAUGAAUUGAACGAAGAGACUGUUGAAUUGUUGUUGUUGAAGACUAUUUUGUCGGCUGUUACUUCGGUUUCAUUGAGGAUUCAUGGAGAUUGUUUGUUGCAAAUUGUGCGGACUUCGUAUGAUAUAUAUUUAGGGAGUAAGAAUGUUGUGAAUCAGACUACUGCCAAAGCGAGUUUAAUUCAGAUGCUGGUGAUUGUGUUUAGGAGAAUGGAGGCUGAUUCGGCAGCUGCUCCCAUUCAGCCGAUUGUGGUGGCUGAAUUGAUGGAGCCUGCGGAGAAAACAGAUGCGGACGGGAACAUGACCAUGUUUGUGCAAGGGUUUAUUACUAAGAUAAUGCAGGAUAUUGAUGGUGUUUUGAACCCGGGGACACCGAUUUCUGGAGGGUCGGGAGUGCACGAUGGAGCAUUUGAAACUAAGACUUCGACAGUCGAGUCAACAAAUCCAGCUGAUCUGUUGGAUUCGACGGAUAAGGAUAUGUUGGAUGCUAAGUAUUGGGAGAUUAGUAUGUAUAAGACGGCAUUAGAGGGGAGGAAAGGGGAGUUGGCAGAUGGUGAGGUGGAGAGGGAUGAUGACAUGGAGGUUCAAAUUGGAAAUAAGUUGAGGAGGGAUGCGUUUUUGGUUUUCCGUGCCCUUUGUAAGUUGUCCAUGAAGACUCCGCCAAAGGAAGCACUGGCAGAUCCAACUUUGAUGAGAGGGAAGAUAAUUGCUUUGGAGUUGCUUAAGAUUUUGUUAGAGAACGCCGGGGCCAUCUUUAGAACUAGUGAAAGAUUUUUAGGUGCCAUUAAGCAGUACCUGUGCUUGUCAUUGCUGAAGAAUAGUGCUUCAACCCUUAUGAUUGUUUUCCAGCUUUCCUGCUCGAUCUUCAUUAGUCUGGUAUCACGUUUUAGAGCUGGAUUGAAGGCAGAGAUUGGAGUAUUCUUUCCUAUGAUUGUUCUCAGAGUGUUAGAAAAUGUUGCUCAACCAAAUUUGCAGCAGAAGAUGAUCGUGCUUCGGUUUCUGGAGAAGCUCUGUAUUGAUUCACAGAUCUUGGUGGAUAUUUUCAUCAACUAUGAUUGCGAUGUGAAUUCAUCAAACAUUUUUGAGCGAAUGGUCAACGGACUCCUUAAAACUGCUCAGGGUGUUCCACCUGGUGUCACUACUACCCUAUUGCCGCCACAGGAGGUAGUCUUGAAACUUGAAGCUAUGAAAUGCCUAGUGGCUAUUCUAAAGUCAAUGGGUGAUUGGAUGAACAAGCAAUUAAGAAUUCCAGAUCCUUAUUCCGCAAAAAGAAUUGAGCCAACUGAGAAUGGUUCUGAAUCUGGAAUUAUCACCACACCGAAUGGGAAUGUGGAUGAGUCUGUCAAAGAAUCUGAUACUCAUUCAGAGGCCUCUAGUGAAGCUUCUGAUGUCUCAACAAUCGAGCAGCGUCGAGCAUACAAGCUUGAACUUCAGGAAGGUAUUUCUCUUUUUAACCGGAAACCGAAAAAGGGUAUUGAGUUCCUUAUCAAAGCAAAUAAGGUGGGUGGGUCACCGAAAGAAAUUGCAGAUUUCCUAAAAGAUGCAUCCGGUUUGAACAAGACUUUAAUCGGCGACUAUCUAGGUGAAAGAGAAGAUUUGUCACUUAAGGUGAUGCAUGAAUAUGUAGAUUCUUUUGACUUUCAAGGGAUGGAAUUUGAUGAGGCAAUUAGAGUUUUCCUACGGGGCUUUAGGUUGCCUGGUGAGGCACAGAAGAUUGACAGAAUUAUGGAAAAGUUUGCUGAGCGGUACUGCAAAUGUAAUCCGAAGGUUUUCACUAGUGCAGAUACAGCUUAUGUGCUUGCUUACUCUGUUAUAUUGCUCAAUACAGAUGCACAUAACCCAAUGGUGAAGAACAAGAUGUCAGCGGACGAUUUUAUAAGAAACAAUCGGGGCAUAGAUGAUGGAAAAGAUUUAGCCGAGGAGUACUUAAGAUCAUUAUAUGAAAGAAUAUCAAGAAAAGAGAUUAAAAUGAAAGACGAUGAAUUGGCUCCUCAACAAAAACAGUCAGUUAACUCAAACAGAAUUUUAGGUUUGGAUAGUAUAUUGAAUAUUGCGAUUCGCAAGCGAGGAGAAGAAAAUCAGACAAGUGAUGAUCUCAUGCGAAACAUGCAGGAACAAUUCAAGGAAAAAGCUCGCAAAACUGAGUCAGUCUAUUAUGCAGCAACAGAUGUUAUGAUCCUCCGAUUCAUGAUUGAGGUAUGCUGGGCUCCUAUGUUGGCUGCCUUUAGUGUUCCUCUUGACCAAAGUGACGAUGAAGUAGUCAUUAGCCUGUGUCUUGAAGGCUUUCGCCAUGCAAUUCAUGUCACUGCAGUGAUGUCUAUGAAGACUCAUAGAGAUGCUUUUGUAACAUCACUAGCAAAGUUUACAUGCCUCCACUCUCCAGCUGAUAUCAAGCAGAAGAACAUUGAUGCCAUCAAGGCAAUAGUGACAAUUGCAGACGAAGAUGGAAAUUUCUUACAGGAGGCCUGGGAACAUAUCUUGACAUGUGUUUCUCGGUUCGAGCAUUUGCAUCUUUUGGGAGAAGGGGCUCCACCUGAUGCGACUUUCUUUGCACUUAAUCAGAAUGAACUUGACAAAUCAAAGCAAGCUAAACCUAAUAUGCUUCCAGUUCUGAAAAAGAAGGGACCUGGGAAGAUUCAGUAUGCGGCUGCAGCCAUGAGAAGGGGUACUUACGAUAGUGCUGGAGUUGGUGGUGAUGCAUCUGCAGGAAUCACACCAGAGCAAAUGAACAACUUAGUCUCUAACCUAAACAUGCUGGAGCAAGUUGGUGAUAUGAGUCGCAUAUUCAUAAGGAGUCAAAAAUUAAAUAGUGAGGCAGUAAUUGACUUUGUUAAAGCUCUUUGCAAGGUGUCUAUGGAAGAAUUAAAAUCUACAUCUGAUCCACGGGUUUUCAGCCUUACAAAAAUUGUUGAGAUCGCGCAUUAUAAUAUGAAUCGAAUUAGGCUGGUCUGGUCAAGCAUCUGGAAUGUAUUAUCUGAUUAUUUUGUGACUAUCGGUUGCUCAGAAAACCUUUCCAUUGCAAUUUUCGCAAUGGAUUCUUUGCGUCAACUAUCAAUGAAGUUUUUGGAGCGGGAAGAGUUGGCUAACUAUAAUUUUCAAAAUGAGUUUAUGAAGCCUUUUGUGGUGGUUAUGCGGAAGUGUAGUGCUGUUGAAAUCAGAGAGCUAAUCAUCAGAUGUGUUUCCCAAAUGGUUUUGUCUCGCGUUAAGAAUGUGAAGUCAGGGUGGAAAAGCAUGUUCAUGGUCUUCCAGACAGCAGCUUAUGAUGACCACAAAAACAUCGUACUUUUGGCCUUCGAAAUAAUUGAAAAAAUAUUGCGCGAUUAUUUCCCAUAUAUCACUGAGACCGAAACGACGACUUUUACGGACUGCGUUAAUUGCUUAAUUGCAUUUACUAAUAGCAGAUUUAACAAGGACAUCAGUCUUAAUGCUAUUGCCUUUCUUCGUUUUUGUGCGGCAAAACUGGCUGAAGGGGAUAUAGGCUUUUCAAAGAUCAAGGAAAAGGAAGCAUCUGAAAAGGUUUCUAUAUCACCUCAUAAAGGAACAGAUGGAAAAUACAGCAAUGGGAACAUGACCGAUAGGGAAGAUCAUCUAUACUUCUGGUUCCCUUUGUUGGCCGGAUUAUCAGAACUAAGCUUUGACCCGAGGCCUGAAAUUAGAAAGAGUGCCCUUCAAGUGCUUUUUGAUACUCUACGUAAUUAUGGCCAUCAUUUCUCUUUGCCAUUGUGGGAGAGGGUGUUUGAAUCGGUCCUAUUUCCCAUCUUUGACUAUGUCAGGCAUGCUAUUGAUCCUUCUGGUGGAAGUACACCUGAGCAAGGGAUUGAUGGUGAUGCUGGAGAACUUGAUCAAGAUGCGUGGCUGUAUGAGACAUGCACGCUUGCCCUCCAACUUGUCGUAGAUCUGUUUGUUAAAUUCUAUGACACAGUCAAUCCACUUCUGCGCAAGGUGUUGAUGCUAUUAGUAAGUUUUAUCAAGCGUCCCCACCAUAGCCUUGCCGGUAUUGGUAUCAGUGCAUUUGUCCGUUUGAUGAGCAAUGCUGGGAAUCUGUUUUCUGAUGAUAAGUGGUUAGAAGUGGUUUUGUCACUUAAAGAAGCUGCUGAUGCAACACUUCCAGAUUUUUCAUUUACUUUGAAUGAAGAUACUUCGCAACGUGUGUUAGAUUCAAACAGACAAAAUAAUACUGAGUUAGUUGCUGAAACUGCUCUGUCUGGUGACGAUUCAUCAAGCUCGAGGGCAUAUCAUCUCCAAGAUGCUAUUGCUGAUGCCAAGUGCCGAGCAGCUGUUCAGCUAUUGUUAAUACAGGCUGUGAUGGAGAUAUAUAACAUGUACAGAGGACACCUUUCUGCAAAAAACACUAUAAUUGCAUUUGAUGCAGUGCACACUGUGGCUCUUCAUGCUCACAAGAUUAAUGCUGACACAACUUUACGUUCCAAGCUACAAGAGUUUGCAUCUAUGACCCAAAUGCAGGACCCUCCAUUAUUACGGCUUGAAAAUGAAUCAUAUCAAAUCUGCCUCACUUUCUUACAAAAUCUUGCUUUGGAUAGACCCAAAGGUUUUGAAGAAUCAGAAGUAGAGUCUCAACUUGUUGAACUUUGCCAAGAAGUCCUGCAGUUCUACAUAGAGGUAGCCCGGCCUCCACAAAUGGCAGUACCAUCUUUGGUUGAGAGUCCCAAGUGGUUGAUUCCCUUGGCUUCUGGUAAACGAAGGGAAUUGGCUGCACGGGCACCUCUUGUUGUUUCAACCAUACAUGCUAUUUGUAGUUUAGAAGAAUCCUUGUUUGAGGCGAAGAUGACACACUUCUUCCCUCUACUUUUGAGUUUGAUAAGCUGCGAGCAUGGAUCAAAUGAGGUUCAGGUUGCCGUUAGUGAUAUGCUCAGCACAUCUGUGGGUCCUAUCUUGCUCAGGUCAUGUUAACUUUCACAUGAUCUCCUAGCUAGCCGAGAUGUAUGAUAACAUAUCCAAGGUGGCAACCGUUGCACUCAGUUUUCACAUAGUUUUUUUCUGUUUCUCCCCCAUUUGUUCCCCACUAUACAGUGAAAUGUCGUUCAAAUAUAGUUUCAUAGUUUAUUAAGAGUUAGAGUUGGGUACUGAACUUUUGUAAUGGUGUUGGGCCUAGGGCCACUAGGGUUCAUUAUUGUAUUUUGAUUUUUGGUGUUGUAUGAUAGUCCAAGUUUUUCCCA